CUCUCUCUCUCUCUCUCCUCUCCCCUCGCGUAAACCUGCAUUUCUUCAACCUCGGCUCACCCUAGAACCCUAGAAUUUCCGAUUCCUCCUCUAACAAUGGCGAAUAACUCUCCAAAUCUGGAGUGUAGAAUGUACGAAGCCAGGUACCCAGAAGUCGACAUAGCCGUAAUGAUACAGGUGAAGAAUAUCGCCGACAUGGGAGCUUAUGUUUCUCUCCUCGAGUACAACAACAUCGAGGGUAUGAUUCUCUUCUCAGAGCUCUCUCGCCGUCGGAUUCGUAGUAUCAGUAGUCUCAUCAAAGUUGGACGUAUCGAGCCUGUCAUGGUUCUUCGUGUGGAUAAGGAAAAAGGUUACAUAGACCUCUCCAAACGAAGAGUCUCUGAGGAAGAUAUUCAGGCUUGUGAGGAACGUUAUAACAAGAGCAAGCUAGUCCACUCUAUCAUGCGACAUGUGGCGGAAACGAUGAAUAUAGAUCUUGAGGACCUAUACAUCCAUGUUGGUUGGCCUUUGUAUCGGAAAUAUGGUCAUGCCUUUGAGGCAUUCAAAUUAGUUGUUAAUGAUCCUGAUUCUAUUCUAAAUUCUCUUACCCGGGAAGUGAAAGAAAUUGGUGCUGAUGGACAAGAGGUAACCAAAGUUGUCCCUGCCCUGACAGAAGAUGUUAAAGAUUCUUUAAUUAAAAACAUCAAGAGAAGAAUGACGCCACAACCUCUGAAGAUUAGGGCUGAUAUUGAGAUGAAAUGUUUCCAGUUUGAUGGUGUUCUUCACAUUAAAGAAGCCAUGCGUACAGCUGAAGCUGCUGGAAACAAGGAUUGUCCUGUAAAAAUUAAACUGGUUGCUCCUCCAUCAUAUGUUCUCAACACUCAGACACUGGACAAGGAGCAAGGAAUAGCAGUUCUGAAUAAAGCAAUACAAGAUUGUGCUGCAGAAAUAGAACGUCACAAGGGAAAACUAACUGUGAAAGAAGCGCCUAGAGCGGUAAGUGAAAGGGAGGAUAAGCUCCUUGCAGAGCAAAUGGCAAAACUUGGACAAGAAAAUGAGGAGAUUAGUGGGGAUGAAGAUAGUGGAGAAGAGGAGGAAGAUACAGGAAUGGGAGAUAUUGAUUUGGACAAUCCAACCAAUGGCAUUGCAGAUUGAAUCACAUAAUUACAUUUGAAGGGUUGGUUGAUACCAUACUGCCAAGUUCUUAACAAUUUUUGUUACUUAUCUUUGAGUGAGAUAUAUUAAUUUGUAUUUUGUGCUACCACCAUGUUUGUCUGUCUUUCCUUUCCAUGAAGAAUUUUGGGUCUUUUGCUUUUCAAUAUUUAUUA